GAGUGAGAAAGUUGCAAGAGAAAAAAAAAAAUUAGAGAGAGAAACAGCCGUCUCUCUGAAAACCCAUCAUUCCUAUUAACAAAUGCAGCAGCACCUGAUGCAGAUGCAGCCCAUGAUGGCAGCCUAUUAUCCCAACAACGUCACCACUGAUCAUAUUCAACAGUAUCUGGAUGAAAACAAGUCACUGAUAUUGAAGAUUGUUGAGAGCCAAAAUUCAGGAAAAUUGAAUGAAUGUGCAGAGAAUCAAGCAAGGCUACAGAGGAACCUCAUGUACCUGGCUGCCAUUGCUGAUUCUCAACCUCAACCUUCUGCCAUGCAUGCCCAGUACUCUUCCAGUGGCCUAAUGCAGCCAGGAGGGCAUUACCUUCAGCACCAACAAGCUCAGCAGAUGACACCGCAGUCGCUGAUGGCUGCCCGGUCCUCCAUGUUGUACCCCCAGCAGCAGUUUUCGGCGCUGCAACAGCAGCAAGCAUUGCACAGCCAACUCGGGAUGAGCUCCGGAGGAGGCAUAGGAUUCAACAUGCUGCAAAACGACACCUCCAAUGCAGGAGGGGGCAAUGGAGGAGCACUUGGGGCAGGAGGAUUUCCAGAUUUCGGACACAGCGCUGCAGGUGACAGCCUGCACCGGGGCCUAGCCGGUGGGAGCAAGCAAGAUAUGGGUGCAACUGGGUCUGCAGAGGGACGAGGAGGGAGCUCGGGGAGCCACGGCGGGGACGGCGGUGAAACUCUCUACUUGAAGGCAGCUGAUGAUGGGAACUGAAAGGCAUAAGAGUAAGGGGGGCUUUGUUCAGUGGGUUGAUGGUAGAAAAAGUUAGGUGAAAAGAAAUUAGGAAGAUAAAGAAGAGAAGAAACCUUCUUGCCAAAAAAAAGCACUGGCUUUUAGCUUAAUUAUGUGUAAACAAUGGUGUGAGGAUUGAAACCCUCAUUAAACUUUGACCUUUGCUGUUUUUUUCCUUCUAUGUUGAGAUAAUAUAAUGUGUUUCUAGUGUAUUAUGUAAA